UAAAUCUCUCAAAUUCUUACUAUUCUUCACCCAAGAAAAUUAACCCUAUCAAACUCAAACAAAGUCCCAAUGUCUUUCCACUCUCGACGACUUUGCUACUUCCCAGCUCUUCUCUCGGUGGUUAUCCAGCUUUUGCAUGGCGUCUCCAGCCAACUAGUUGUGGUUGAGGAACCUAUUUAUGCUCCUCCGCCUCCUUUAGUUGUGAUUGAGGAACCUACUUCUUCUCCUCCGCCUCCAUUAGAUGUGGUUAAUGAACCUAUUUUCGCUCCUCCCCCUCCAUUAAAUGUGGUUAAUGAACCUAUUUCUGCUCCUCCAGCUCCAUUAAUUGUGGUUAAUGAACCUAUUUCUGCUCCUCCGCCUCCAUUAGUCGUGGUUAAGGAACCUGUUUCGGCUCCUCCGCCUCCAUUGGUCGAACAAGAAGGCAGUGAUAGAAUUGUACCGGCAUUGUUUGUCUUUGGUGACUCUCUCAUAGACAAUGGGAACAACAAUAACAUCCCUUCCUUCGCUAAAGCCAAUUACUUCCCUUAUGGCAUUGAUUUCAAUGGCGGUCCAACCGGUCGGUUCUGCAAUGGCUUAACCAUGGUCGAUGGGAUUGCUCAACUAUUGGGAUUGCCAUUGAUUCCGGCGUACUCGGAAGCUACCGGAGAUCAAGUGCUUCGUGGUGUCAACUACGCUUCUGCAGCCGCGGGGAUUCUUCCUGACACCGGAGGAAACUUUAUGGGGCGAAUACCGUUCGACCAGCAGAUUCACAACUUCCAGACAACGUUAGAUCAGAUGGCUAGCAAGUCCGGUGGUCCAGUGGCCAUUGCAGACUCGGUGGCUCGAGGCUUGUUCUUCAUUGGAAUGGGAAGCAACGACUAUCUCAACAAUUAUUUGAUGCCCAAUUUCCCUACCCGUAACCAGUUCAACGCCCAACAAUUCGGCGACCUCUUAGUUCAACAUUACGCCAAUCAUCUCACAAGACUGUAUAAUCUUGGUGGUAGGAAAUUCGUGGUGGCUGGACUUGGAAGAAUGGGAUGCAUUCCGAGCAUUCUAGCUCAAGGAACCGACGGUAAAUGCUCGGAAGAAGUUAACCAACUUGUUCUUCCUUUCAACACAAACGUCAAAACAAUGAUAUCCAAUCUCAACCAGAAUCUCCCUGAUGCUAAAUUCAUUUACCUCGAUAUCACUCAUAUGUUGGAAGACAUCAUUGCUAGCCCGGCCAUUUAUGGUAUUACUACUUUGGACAAAGGAUGUUGUGGAAUAGGACGGAACAGAGGACAGAUCACAUGUCUUCCCUUUCAGACGCCUUGUCCUAACAGAGAUCAGUAUCUGUUUUGGGACGCUUUUCAUCCUACCGAAAAAGUUAAUCUCAUUAUGGCUAAGAAAGCAUUUUCUGGUGACCGCACCAUUGCGUUUCCUAUCAACAUUCAGGAACUGGCUAGUCUCAGUUAGAGACCAUAUCAUAUUAUGAAGACAAUCAAGAAGAAAGUAAAAACUUUGUGUUGUGUCUUUGUCUUUUGUUCUUGUAACGUUUUUUUAGUUUCGAUCGUAUAAAUGUUUUUACUUUUGAGACGUUUUGAAAACGUCAAAAGUAUCACCAAACGGUCCAAAUUUGAUCACCAAACAGUCCAACUCAAAUCUACUAGUUUUCUUUUACAAACUGAUAGAUUUUGAUCGAGGAUUAUAAAAAAUUUAUUGAUUUAAAUUAGUAUUUUGUGAUUGUUAUACAUUAUCACAUUACAAAAUCGUAUUAUAUUAAAAAGAGAUUUUUUUCAAAGAAAGAUAUAAUUUAAAAUUAGUUUAUUUGAAUUAUUGUAUCUAUGCACUUAUGUAAAAUUUUCUUAGAUCUCAGUAUUUUUUCUGGAUCCAAAAAAUUGAAGUGAAGCCUACCCUAAAAUAAAGGUUUGGUUUGUGUCUGGUUCCAAGAAAAAGAUUUAUUGGAUAAUUUUUGGAUCCGCCUAUCUCUAUUUUAUUUCGUGUUUGUGCUGCCCUACCUAAAAAUCUGAUUGGAUAUCCAAAAUAUUUAAAAUAUUUUAUGUAUAUUAGAUAUAUUUUGAUAUUUUAUAUAUGUUUUGAUAUUAUAGAUAUUUUAAAAAGUUUAUGUUUGGAUUUUCGGUUAUAGUUUUAGGUUUCUUUAAAAAAUCAAAAUGUUUAAAAAAUAUAUUUUGGUAUCUGAAUAAAAUUUUGUGUAUUUUUAGUUUCUUAGGUCAAAUUUAGUAUAAAAUUGUAGUUUUGUUUGGGUAUUUAAAUAUUUUUGGAAUAUUUGUUGGAAUUUUUGUUGGA